UUCAUUUCUUAAGAUGAAGCAGUAGCUAAGAAUCUCUCUUUUAGUCUCCACAAUGGAGGAGACUUUCCCAUGAUUAUUCAUCCCCAAACCAACAACUAAUCCCCCAAAAAAUGGUUGAGCCAACUCAGCAACACGAUGUACUUCCGUGGCUCAAAACCCUACCUUUAGCCCCUGAAUUUCACCCUACUUUGGCCGAGUUUCAAGAUCCAAUUGCAUACAUUUUCAAGAUCGAGAGAGAAGCUUCUCAAUAUGGCAUCUGCAAAAUCGUACCACCGGUGCCGCCUGCUCCCAAAAAAACCGCUAUUUCUAACCUUAAUCGGUCCUUAGCCGAGCGUGCUGCAGCUACUGGUUCUAGUUCAACUUCUAGUUCGACCUCCGGUCCCACAUUUACUACCCGCCAGCAACAGAUCGGGUUUUGCCCGCGAAAACCACGCCCGGUUCAGAAACCGGUUUGGCAGAGUGGCGAGUAUUAUACUUUCCAACAAUUUGAAACCAAAGCUAAGAAUUUUGAAAAAACUUACUUGAAGAAAUGCAGCAGCAAGAAGACUCCACUUUCUGCUCUGGAAAUCGAAAGCUUGUACUGGAAAGCCACAGUGGACAAACCGUUUUCUGUGGAAUAUGCUAACGACAUGCCGGGUUCGGCUUUCAUGCCGGUUCGGAAGAACCGGGAGGCGGUUGGGGAAGGUGUGACGGUUGGUGAGACGGCGUGGAAUAUGAGGGGAGUUUCUAGGGCAAAAGGGUCAUUGUUGAGGUUUAUGAAGGAGGAAAUUCCGGGAGUUACUUCACCUAUGGUUUAUAUCGCCAUGAUGUUUAGUUGGUUCGCUUGGCACGCGGAGGAUCAUGACUUGCAUAGCUUGAAUUACUUGCAUAUGGGUGCUAGUAAGACUUGGUAUGGUGUGCCCAUGGACGCUGCCAAUGCGUUUGAGGAGGUGGUUAGAGUUCAGGGUUAUGGAGGAGAAAUCAAUCCUCUUGUUACUUUUGCUACUCUUGGUGAAAAAACAACGAUGAUGUCUCCUGAAGUAUUUGUUAGUGCAGGGGUUCCAUGCUGCAGGUUAGUGCAAAAUGCUGGAGAGUUUGUUGUCACUUUUCCAAGGGCCUAUCAUAUGGGGUUUAGUCAUGGAUUUAAUUGUGGGGAGGCAGCCAAUAUUGCAACUCCUGAAUGGUUAAACAUUGCUAAAGCUGCUGCUAUUCGAAGAGCUUCAAUCAAUUAUCCACCUAUGGUUUCUCAUUUUCAGUUACUCUAUGAUCUUGCUAUAGCAUUGCAUUCAAGAGUUCCUAUAGCCAUUAGUGCUAAACCGCGGAGUUCUCGACUAAAAGAUAAGAAAAAGGAUGAAGGAGAAACAUUGGUUAAAGAACUAUUUGUGCAGGAUGUAGCACACAAUAGUGAACUUCUUCAUAUUCUCGGGAAAGGAUCUUCUAUAGUUCUUCUACCUGAAAGUUCUUCAGAUAUUUUAGGAGUAAAUCCCAGGAUGGCUCUUGGUCUAUGCAGUUACAAAGAAGCAGUUAAAACCUCUAGAGAUUUAGUUUCUAGUGAUUUCAUGCUAGGCAAAAAUAAUGGAAUCAAGCCUGGGAAAGGUUUCUAUUCCGUGAAAGGAAAAUUCACUGCUUUGUGCGAAAGAAACUCCUUAUUAAAUGGAGCUGAUAAUAUAUGCACUUGGACUUCUCACAUGCUGUCCACAAAGAAUGAAGGAGAAGAAACUAUUCAAGGUGAUCGGUUGUCAGAUCAGAGACUGUUUUCUUGUGCCACAUGUGGAAUUUUGAGCUUUUCUUGUGUUGCUGUCAUUCAACCUCGAGAACCGACUGCUAGAUAUCUCAUGUCAUCUGAUUGUAGCUUCUUUAAUGAUUGGAUUGUUGGUUCUGGAGUAACUAGUGAUGGGUGCAAUGUAGCUGGUGUGGAUGCAAUUACUUCUGAGCUGAAUUCUCGUCCAAGAUGGACGGGAAAGAGUACUGCACAUAGCUUAUAUGAUGUUCCUGUUCGAUCUUUUCACCAAAUUCAAAUGGUAGAUCAAAGUAAUGGAAUGGUUUCUGAUACAGAAAUAAAGAGAGAAACUUCUGCCCUUGGCCUGUUAGCUAUGACUUAUGGAAAUUCAUCUGAUUCUGAGGAAGAUCAGGUCAAACCAGAUGUUUCUGUUGAUAUUGAUGAAACUAGCAUGACAAAGUGAUCACCGGAACAAAAAUAUGAGCAAGAUUUUCAUGGUGAUGCAACUGGGUGUCACAGUCUCUCGUUAACAAGAGUUGAUGGUCAGGAUGAAGCUCCUCUCCAGGCUAUUGACUGCUUCGGGGUACCUGGAUUUAGAAGAGACAAUUUCAAAGAUAGAAGUCCUCAAGGUUCUGUCUGCUCUGUAGAAUUUGAAACUGAUAAUCCCGAUUUCUCCAAAUCAAAUGAUUUGAAUGGCCUAUUUGGAGGUACAAUGACAGUGUCACAUGCUUCAAAUUUCUCUCCAGAUUUCCAUGGUGCUGAUAAUAUGGAAUUUAGCAAGGCCAUUGUACCAGUGAAGAACACAGAUAUGCCUUUUACGCCAAGAUCUGAUGAAGAUUCUUCUCGAAUGCAUGUCUUCUGUCUUGAGCAUGCUGUGGAAGUAGAGCAGCAACUUCGUUCAAUUGGAGGGGUGCAUAUAAUGCUUCUUUGUCAUCCAGAGUAUCCCAAGAUAGUGGCUAAAGCAAAGUUAGUGGCUGAAGAAUUGGGAAUUAAUUUUCUCUGGAAUGAUAUCUCAUUCAGGAAUGCCACCAAAGAGGAUGAGGAGAGGAUCCAUUUGGCUCUGGAUAGUGAGGAUGCAUUGCCUGGGAAUGGGGACUGGGCUGUAAAGCUGGGAAUUAAUCUCUUUUAUAGUGCCAACCUCAGUCGCUCUCCUCUUUACACUAAACAGAUGCCAUACAAUUCUGUUAUAUAUAAUGCAUUUGGCCGUAAUUCUCCAGCUAGCUCGCCCACAACAUGCAGUUAUGGGAGACGAUCUGGCAGGCAGAGAAAGUUUGUGGCAGGGAAAUGGUGUGGAAAAGUUUGGAUGUCAAAUCAGGUUCACCCCUUUCUAACACAACAGGAGUCUGAGGAUCAAGAACAAGAGAAGGAAAGAAGCUUCCGCGGUUGGGCAACGGUGGAUGAGAAUUUUGAGAGAAAAUCUGAAAGUACUUGCCCAACUGAAUUUACAUCGGUGACAAGAAAGCUAAGUAAGAAGAGGAAAAUUCUAGCACAGAGCAGGUCAAUGAAGAAGGUAAAAUGUAUUGAUACGGAAGAUGCAGGUUCAGAUGAUUCACAGGAUGAUGACUCUCAUUUACAGCAGAGAAGGGUUCUCAGAAGAAAGCAAACCAGUAUUAUGGAAGGAGAAGAUGGAAGCUCAUAUGAUUCACCGGAGGAUAAUACUCAUCAACAGAAACAGACUUUUCCUAGAAGAAAGCAAGCCAAACGUAUUGACAGAGAAGUUGAAGUCUUGAAUGAUUUACUGAAGAACUCUCUUAAGCAGUAUAGGAGGCUUCCUAAGAGCAAGCAAGCCAAAUUUAUUGCUAGAGAUGAUUUACCUGAGGAGACUUCUCUUAAGCAGUAUAGGAGGAUUCCAAGGAGCAAGCAAGCCAAAUAUAUUGAGAGAGAGGAUGUGGUUUCAGAUGACUACCUUGAAGAUAUUGCUCGUAAGCAACAUAAAAGAAAUCCUAGAACCAAGCAAGCCAAACGUAUUGGGAGAGAAGAAGCAGUUUCAGAUGGUUCAGUGGAGGAUGGUUCUCAUAAGUUGCAGCAUAGAAGGAUUUCGAAGAGCAAGCAGGCAAAAUAUAUUGGGAGAGAAGAUGCAGUUUCAGAUGAUUCACUGGAGGAUAAAUCUCAGUUGCAGCGUAAAAGGAUCCCAAAAAGCAAGCAAACCGAAUGUAUGGAGAGAGAAGAUGCAGUUUCAGAUGAUUCACUGGAGGAUAAUUCUCGUCAGUUGCAUAGGAGGAUUCUGAAUAGCAAGUUAGCCAAAUGGAUUGAGAGAGAAGAUGCAGUUUCAGAUGAUUCAAUGGAGGAUAAUUCUCAUCGUCUGUAUGGGAGAAUUCCAAAAAGUAAGCAAGCCAAGUGGAUUGAGAGAGAAGAUGCAGUUUCAGAAGAUUCUCUGGAGCAUAAAUUUCAUAAGCAGAACAGGAGGACUCCUAGAGACAAGCAAGCCAAAUGCAUGGAGGUGGAAGAUACUGCUUCGUAUGAUUCAGCUGAGGAUGAUAGUCAACAGCUUAGGAGGAAUCCUAGAGGCAAAAAGACCAAGCUUAUUGAGAGGGAAGAUGCUAUGUUAUAUGAUUCUGUAGUGGAUAAUUCUCAUCGGCAACCUGGGAGGAUUCUUAGAAGUAAGCAAGUGAAAACAGAAAUGCUUCGGAAAAUGAAACAAGAGACCCCUUGGACUAUGAAGCCUGGAAAACGAAAUUUGACGAAGCUAGAGACCCCUCGGCAAAUGAAACAAGGGACUACUAGGCAGCGCAAUAAUAAAAGUGUGCAGAAUGCCAAACAAUUUGAUUCAUAUGUUGAAGAGGAGACUGAAGGCGGACCUAGCACUCGUCUUCGAAAAAGAAUACCAAAACCUAUGAAACAGUCAGAAUCCAAAUCAAAGGAUAAAAAGCAAACUAGCAAAAAGAAAGGGAAGAAUGCUUCAGCUGGGAAGGCUUCCGGUGGUUUCAGCAAUGCAAAAAUUAAGGAGGAGGAAGCAGAAUACCAGUGUGACUUGGAGGGUUGCAACAUGACUUUUGGGUCAAAACCAGAGCUGGUCCUGCACAAAAGAAACAUAUGUCCAGUGAAGGGAUGAGGUAAGAAGUUUUUCUCACACAAGUACUUAGUACAGCACCGGCGAGUUCAUUUGGAUGAUCGGCCACUUAAAUGCCCUUGGAAGGGUUGCAAGAUGGCAUUCAAGUGGGCAUGGGCACGUACUGAACACAUAAGGGUUCACACAGGUGCUCGUCCUUAUGUGUGCGGUGAGGCUGGCUGUGGGCAGACAUUCCGGUUUGUGUCAGAUUUCAGUCGUCACAAGCGGAAGACUGGUCAUUCCACAAAGAAAACCAGAGGAUAGUGUAAAAAAGGUGUUAACCAUUGCUAAUGAACGUAAGUUAGUGGGUUAGGAUUUCGUUGUAAUUGUGAAUUGUCAUUCAGAGCAACGAUUAAAUUUGUGUUGCCCUGGUGCUUCAUUGGGCCAAUUUAAUUAUCAAUUGCUUUGAUCUUGAAACAGAUUCUCAUGCAAUCAUUGUUACCUUCUUAACCAUUUGUGUCAAGGUGAUGUUUUAGUCUUAGAUGAUGGGUGUUUCUGUCGUUUUGACUGCCUGUCUGCCUUCUAUCAAAGUCUUCAUGUCGCUACUGACCGUGAGGUAGACCAAUUUCCUUGAUUGAGACAUCUUUUUGAAGCAGGAAUAAAAUCGGAGCGUAAAA